GGGAGAGCGGAUAUAGUGAAUGCGGGUCCGGGGUCCGGGGAGAGCGGAUAUAGUGAAUGCGGGGUCCGGGGAGAGCGGAUAUAGUGAAUGCGGGGUCCGGGGAGAGCGGAUAUAGUGAAUGCAGGGUCCGGGGAGGAGAGCGGAUAUAGUGAAUGCGGGGAGAGAGAGGAUAUAGUGAAUGCGGGGUCCGGGGAGAGAGGAUAUAGUGAAUGCAGGGGUCUGGGGAGAGCGGAUAUAGCGAAUAUGGGGGUCGGGGAGGGUGAUAUAGUGAAUGCGGGGUCCGGGGAGAGCGGAUAUAGUGAAUGCGGGGUCCGGGGAGUGGGAAUGCAGGGUCCGGGGUUUAGUAACCACUUGCGGGGUCCGGGGGAAAUAUAGUGAAUGCGGGGCCAACCGAAUGAGCACACAUUGCAUGCUG